AUGGUGGAUGUCUUCCAAGAGGUACUGGGUAACAUGCUCUACACAUCACCUCCAAAUUCCGCAAAAGUUCCCUUGCCGAGCCCGAAUGCACUGAAAAACAAGAUUUUGUUGAGAGGUAAAAAGUUGGGUGGAGGGCCACACGAUGACAAGGAUGACGACGAUGAGGAGGAGUUACCAUCUAAAAAGAAGGCACCAGUAAUUCCGCUUGAUCCGGCUUUCUCAGACCUUAUUUCGCUGCGUGCUGUUAAGCUAUCGCAUAAUAUACAUGCAGAUGUCAAAACUCAUCCCAUGGAUGGCACGCCAUCACUUUCCGAAAAUAAGAUUGCUGCUGUCUUCGAGGGAGGCAGCCCAAUCUUCUCAUACACCGCGCAACGGUUUACGAAAACUUAUCCAAAGGUUCGUGUUGAUUUAUAG